AUGGGCGACUUAUCUGAAAACCAGUCUUCCCUAUCGCUCCGCGAUGGCGUUGCAGAUCCUACUGCACUCGAGACCUUCCUUGCUAUCAAUCCGUCAAUCGAAUUCAUCCGUUUUCAAUGGGUUGACUUCUCCAGUGUUUUGUUUGCGCGUGUUGCCACGAAAAAGUUCGCCCGGUCUCUUGCUACAAAGCACGAGCCAAUCACAACACCUGCUCCUGUCCUUACCGCUCUGACUGUCAAUGGCGAAUUUCAAUUCGAGGACUAUGACAUUGGCGACGCUGAAGUUUGGCCAGACUGGUCCUCCCUCAAAGUGUGCCAUUAUCAUCCUAGCCAUGCACAAGUCAUGUGCUUUGUUUACGAAGGCGGGGAGAAAGACGGCAAAGGCUUUCGGCGUUGUCCUCGCAGUCGCCUUCAAGAGAUCACCAACACCGCCAAGAAAGAGCACGACAUUGAUUUACUUGUGGGCAUUGAAAUCGAGUUCUGCAUCUUCGAUGAUUCCAAAGGGACACCUGAACAUCUUCCCAUCGCUCCAAAUGCUUGGUCCGCAGCUAGUUUGAACAACAAGUACACGCCAAUAAUCGAGGAGAUUGUGCACUCGAUCACGAAAGCCGGAAUCGACGUGAGGCAGUUCCAUAGCGAAGGCGGUCCCGGUAUAUUCGAGAUCUCUCUCGAGCCUCUUGCUCCGCUGCAAGCAGAAGAUUCGUUGAUCUACUGCGAGGAGUCCAUCAAGAACAUCGCUCGACAACAUGGGCUGCGUGCCACUUUGUUCCCCAAGCCAUUUGAGAAGUUAUCGGGUAUUGGACUUCAUCACCAUUUGUCCAUUUCCCAGAAAGACAAGGAAGAUGCUUUCUUAGCGGGCUUGUUAGAGAGCUGGAAAUCACUGGCUGCAUUUUUCAUGCCAAACUACGAUAGCAAUGCCAGGAUUUACCCUGGUGAAUGGAUUACAUGGAGUGAGCAGAAUAAGAGUGCUACCAUCAGGAAAGUCAGACCUGGCCAUUGGGAAUUAAGAAGUAUCGACGGCACGGCAAAUCCGUAUCUCACCAUGACGGGAAUCCUCACUGCUGGACUACUCGGCAUCUCGAAGGACAAGAAAUUGAUGCAGAAGGAUCACAAAAAGAUUGCUAUUUUGGGAUUCGACGACAAAGAGGUCGAGGAGUUUGGCAUAAAGGACAAGAUGCCAACGAGUUUGAAGGAGGCGCUUGGGAACCUGAAGGCGAAUGAGGAGUUGAAAGAGGCUUUGGGACCGGAAAUCAUUGAUCGGUAUCUGAAGAUCAAGGGGAAAGAGGAAGAAAUUUUCGGAAAGCUGAUUCUAUCUGAGAGGAGGGCGCUGUCUAUGGUUGUCUUUUGA